AUGGCCGCCCAGCCAGCCAAGCCCCUGGAGGGCUACACCGGCUACGCCCACUUCAACAUCACCAGCCCGGCGGACUUCGUGGCCCACGUCGAGAUCAACCGGCCGCGAAAGCUUAACUCGUUCAUCCGGGAGAUGUGGCUCGAGCUGCGCUCCAUCUUCAACCAGCUGUCCUCCGACCCGGACGUCCGCGCCGUCGUGCUCACGGGCGCCGGCGACAGGGCAUUCACCACGGGGCUGGACGUCCAGGCCGCCUCCGAGAGCGAUGCCGCCGUCCAGGGCGCCAACAGCGACGUCGACGGCGCCAGGACAGCGACCAAGAUGCGCCGCCAUGUAUACGAGUUUCAGGAGUGCAUCACCGCCGUGGAGAAAUGUGAGAAGCCGGUGAUCUGCAUCCUCCACGGCAUAUCCAUAGGCCUGGCCAUCGACCUCUCCUGCUGCGCCGACAUCCGGCUCUGCGCGGCGGACACGCGGCUGGCCGUCAAGGAGGUCGACAUCGGGCUGGCGGCGGACAUCGGGACGCUCUCGAGGCUGCCCAAGGCGGUCGGGAGCUCCUCGUGGGUCAAGGACGUGUGCCUGUCGGCGCGCUUCUUCGACGCCGCCGAGGCGCUGCGGGCCGGCUUCGUGAGCGAGGUGCACGAGAGCAAGGCCGCGGCCGUCGCCGCGGGUCUGGGCAAGGCGGCCCUCCUAGCCGGCAAGAGCCCCGUCGCGGUGCAGGGCACCAAGGAACUGCUCAAUCACGCCAGGGAUCACAGUGUGGACGAGAGUCUGCGGUACACCGCGGUCUGGAACUCGGCCAUGCUCCAGUCAAACGACGUCUCUUCCGCGCUUCUGUCUGGCAUGCAGAAGAGGAAGCCGACGUUCGAGAAGCUAUAG